UUAAAAAGAUCGAUCUCUUUCUUUAUUCCCUCCAUCCUUCUAAGCCUCCCUUCUCAUCUGCUCCUGCUCUGCGGUUUCACACCAUCUCAUCUCUCCAUUGGUCCAUAUUCUCAGAGUAGGCACUGACUGAACAGCACAGGUACCAUCCUAAAUUGCCCAGGUUUGUGUGUCUGGAGCUGGUUGACAGUACAUUCAUUUAAUAGGAUGUCGAUAGUGAAUAUUGUUGCCAGGGAGAUUCUGGACUCCAGGGGAAACCCCACUGUGGAAGUAGAUCUGCAUACUGCCAAAGGUGUGUUUAGGGCUGCCGUGCCCAGUGGAGCAUCCACUGGCAUCUAUGAGGCCCUGGAACUUAGAGAUGGAGACAAGAAUCGCUACAAGGGCAAAGGGGUCCUUAAGGCUGUUGGCCACAUCAAUGAUACCAUCGGACCUGCCCUCAUCCAGUCGGGAAUCAGUGUGCUAGAACAGGAGAAACUGGAUAACAUGAUGAUUGAGAUGGACGGUACUGAGAACAAAUCUAAGUUCGGGGCCAAUGCUAUUCUUGGAGUCUCACUGGCCAUAUGCAAAGCUGGUGCAGCAGAGAAAGAUGUCCCUCUGUACCGCCACAUUGCUGACCUGGCAGGAAACAGAGAGCUGGUCCUCCCAGUUCCUGCGUUUAAUGUAAUCAAUGGAGGCUCCCACGCUGGUAACAAACUGGCCAUGCAGGAGUUCAUGGUACUUCCUGUAGGGGCGGAGUCUUUCCGUGAUGCUUUGCGCGUGGGGGCAGAGCUCUACCAGACCCUCAGAGGAGUCAUCAAGGAGAAGUACGGUCAGGAUGCCACAAAUGUAGGGGACGAGGGCGGGUUUGCCCCUAACAUACUGGAAAAUAGCGAAGCCCUGGAGCUCAUCAAGAUCGCCAUAGAGAAAGCAGGCUUUACAGACAAGGUGGUGAUAGGGAUGGAUGUUGCUGCUUCAGAGUUUUUCAUUGAGGGAAAGUAUGACUUGGACUUUAAGUCUCCACCCAAUGCCGCCCGCCACAUCACUGCACAGCAGCUGGCCGACAUCUACCAGGGCUUUGUGAACGACUACCCAGUGGUAUCCAUUGAGGAUCCAUUUGACCAGGACGACUGGCCAGCUUGGACCCAGCUCACAGCCUCAGUGGGCAUCCAGGUGGUGGGGGACGAUCUGACGGUCACUAACCCCCGCAGGAUAAAGCGAGCCUUGGAUGAAAAAGCCUGCAACUGCCUGCUGCUUAAAGUCAAUCAGAUUGGCUCCGUGACUGAGGCCAUCAAGGCGUGUAAGCUGGCUCAGGAGAAUGGCUGGGGGGUGAUGGUGAGCCACCGAUCAGGAGAAACAGAGGACACUUUUAUAGCUGACCUGGUGGUUGGGCUUUGCACUGGACAAAUCAAGACUGGAGCUCCCUGUCGAUCUGAACGUCUGGCCAAAUACAAUCAGCUCAUGAGGAUUGAGGAAGAGUUGGGUGACCAGGCCCGCUUUGCCGGGCACAACUUUCGCAAUCCCAGUGCCCUUUGAGUGCCAAGGCUAAAGGCAGUGGCACACACAUACACACACACACACACACACACAGACACUCUCACGCACACACAAACCUCACAUCACGAGGCCCUGUCAGAUACUAAGCAGAGAAAUAAUCACUCACCUUUCUCAGAAAGGCUCUAAACACAUAGACACAGUGAAAUCAUUACAAUUAAUUAGUUUUUGAGUCACUAAAAUGCUCAGACGGUGCUCUUUAGCUACACUGACCUGAGGCUUUAGUAGGCUGGUGAGCACAUUGACGAGCAGCUCAUUUGCAGGAAGAACCGGAAAAAAGCCAGGUGGUUUCACGUCUCAGCACAGACAAGCACUUUCCUUCGCACACUUGUCCUCCUCUGUCUCUCCUGGUCCCUCUCCCCAUCUCCUUUUGAAUUUCUGCUGAGGUGUUUUGAUCUUUUGUGUCCCAUUGUUUCCUCUUCCUCCUGUCCCUCCUCUGGCCCCCGUUCCCUAUGAACACACUUCACAUAAAAAAGCUUGCCACAAAACUAUGUCUGUUACCUUUUCAGUCUGAGGUUAAAAAGGCUCAAUAAAGAUGUGAAUAUAUGUUAACUCUGA